AUUGAAACCGAAUAUAGGGGGCAGGUCGAUCGCAGUGUCAUGGCCGAUAUAAAUGGUAUAAACAAACAUGACAGUUGAAUGUUUACCAUUGCAUUUGCUUGUUUUAUUUGGUUCUAGAGUAAAUAGUGCAAGUUAUUUUAUCUUUUCAAAAUGGAAAUAAGCGUUAGUGACAUUGUUGAGUAUUGUGGUGAUUCAAAGAGACCACUAAUUGAAGGGGAAGCAGUUUUCGACGCCAACCACAUAUUUGUUUGUGGCAUUAAAUCCAAAUCCACCACUACAGUUGAGAUAUUUGCUCUUUGUUUGCAAAGUAGUAAAAUCCAUGAUCAACCCCACGAAAUAGACAUUAAAGUGAGUGGUGAAGGUACACAAAAAACAAUAAAAUGUGCUUGUACCUGUAAAGCAGGAGCAGGACAAAAAUGCAAACACAUUAUUGCAGUAUUAUUAUAUGUGCACAGGGAGAAAAUAACAAAUUUAGAUGAUUUGGGUUGUACGGAUUUGCAACAAAAGUGGGGCAAAUUGAAAACACAUUCAAAAGAACUAUACAAGGAUGAACCUAUGGAAAACUUUUGCCAUGUAAAAAAAACAGAAGAUUCUGUCAACAAAAGUGGUCCAAGCAAAGAAGUUUUGCAAGCUUGUGCUCUGAAUUUAAUAAAAGGUUUGUUGCAUUUUUGGUGUGUAAUCUUAUUUUCAAUAAAUAUUUUUUUUACAGCUCAUCCAACUUCAGAAGCUUGCCUUCAUUUGAAAAGAAGAAAUGCAUUUUCCAAUGAGUAUGUAGCAGAUGAUCUACUGCAAGCAUCACUAAUUCAUGCUGUUAUUAAUGUGGAUGUAAAUUGUUCUUCUUCUUUCCAAAAGAUGCCACAUCUCAGCGAAGAAGAACAAGUAUUUUAUAAAAAAAAUAUACUUUUGUCAAUAGAAGAUGCUGUUGAUUUGUGCAGCAAAACGUUAGGCCAAUCCAAUGAAUUAUGGAAACAUCAGAGGAAAUUAAGAAUAACAGGGUCCAUAUGUUAUAAUUUGUACACGUUCCACAAAAACAGGCACAAUGAUAGUGAAUGGUUCGAAAAAAUAAAUAAAAUUUUAUACUCGUCUUUUACAGGAAACCAAGCAACAUUAUAUGGUGUAAAAACUGAACAUUUGGCAAAAGAAAAAUAUUCAGCCAUUUUUAACAACAAAAUUGAAAAUGUGGGGCUUGUUGUAAACCCAAAACUACCGUGGCUUGGUUUUAGUCCUGAUGGCAUUGUGUACAAGGACUGCCUUAUAGAAAUUAAGUGUCCUGUAAUAGGACAAAAGAUAACUGCUGCAGAGGCUGCUAAAACUAUGAAAUGUUUUGCAGGAGAAUUUCCACAAGAAUUUCAUUUGAAAUCGAGUCACCAAUAUUAUGGGCAAAUCCAGCUUGGAAUGUUCUUACUGAAUUUAUCAAAAUGUCAUUUUUGUGUGUACUCAUCGUUUGAUGACAGUAUUUCUGUUAUAGAAAUACCAUAUGACGAAGAAUUUGUAGGUGAAAUGAUAAAUGCCUUAAAGCUAGUAUAUUUUAAAUAUUUUUUACCAACAGUGAUUAAAUAUAUACAAUAAAUUGCAAUUAAAACAAAUAUUACCUACUAUAGUUCAUUCUCUUUCAAGAUGAGCUAAGACGCCAGUUUCAGACACCUGAUUUGUGGGUUUUCAGUGUUGUCACAGCUUGUCGUUGGUUAGAAAUUUAUUUAUUCUAUAUUAUAAAUUAAUUUCUAACCAACUACAAGCUGCGAGGGCACAAAAAACCCAUGAAUUUAGGUGUCUGAAACUGGAGUCUUAGCUCAUCUUGAAAGCGAAUGAACUAUAGACAACUAUUUUAUUUAUUAAACAUUUAAAAAUUA